CGAGUGCCUCUUUCUAAAACUUUGGCAUUGGUGUCCGAGUCUUUGCUUCGGUGGCUUCAGCAUGGGACUUGACACACCUUGGACAUCGUAAGAAUUGAGCACGCCUAUCUAUACUCAGGCUCAUAUCUGCCUGGUUGCUAGGUGUUGUAAGUGGUGUUCUCACUAUCUCGCUACGACCUAAAGCAGCAGUUGGUGGUGUAGUUCUUCAGCCUCGCAGCCUUCUCGUUUUGGCUAUUUGAAUCAAUGUCGCACCCUGGAACGUGCCUCUGCUGUACAAGUCUGAUGGGCCCACUGUAAAUGAGGCUGUGGAUGGAUCGAGUCGCUUCUGUCCUGUUGACUCAUCGACACUGCACGGUGUGGAUGCCAUGUGCAUGGUAUAGUUCCCUCCUUUAUAAUCCUUCAGGACUUAACAGUUUGAAUAUAUCCCUCGGCCAUCAUUAUGCCUCGUCGUCGACGUGUCACCUUCGAGUCUCCAAGCUCAUCAAAAUCAGCAGACUUUUCUCCGGCGUCAUCUUCCCCAAAUCCUCAAGUUGAGAUAUAUGCUCCCAGUAUCGAGCCCUUGAAAGGGAGAAAACAUAAGCGUAAGUCGUCGGGCAACGUUAGUGACCAAAAGACGAAGAGUUCAGAAAGUUCACGAUCGCAAAAAAAGGACAAUGAGGAGUCAAGCUACCUAGAACACGCCCAGGACCCAGGAGAGACACAACCCAGUAGAGCGCAACAAGUCGUCAUUACUACGGUUCGCGCAACUGACCCCACUCUUGGUCUCCGACAGAUCCCAACCGGCACUCAUGCGGUAGUCAAAGCUGACGGUGUCGAAUACCAGACAAGCAACAAACCGCAUCUCGACUUCGACAUACCUAUCUCUCUUUUUCAAGAUGUAAUCGAUUUGCCUCCCACUGGUCAUCCAGACCGACCCAUCACCCAAUUCCAUCUUGCCAUUGCUCUCUUGUCUAGCUUAAUUCAAAUGGAUGACCAUGUCACUGAAGACUUACCAUCCGAAGUCCUCGAUGUCUGCCACAUCAAUAGCCAUGUUUACGGAUCAGCUUUGAUCGCAAUUGAAUCAUUCGCUUUACAUUCUACUGGAAGCACGUAUGAUCUUAGGAAGGAGCGGCUCGCCACAUCCAUCCUUCCGUUAUCGUCGAAUCAACUUACUCAUCGAGUAGAGCGGUGUUUGGAGGGAGAUGAAUCGCGUGCCUUAGAUGAAAUGAUAUCCCUUCUUUAUGAUGUACUGGGAUACUACACCGCCGAGCAUGCUGGUCGAGGGCGAUUGCUAGGUAAUCUAGCUCUAAAGCUGCAAACUCGCUUCGAGCGUCGAGGCAACAACAAAGACUUGGAUCAGGCUAUCGCAGUUCAGAUGGAAAUGCUUUUCUUGUGCCCUGUCGGUCACGCAGAUCGGUCUGGGGCACUAAAUAACCUCGCCACUCAACUCUCCGCCCGCUUUGACCACCAAGGCAACGACAAAGACUUGGAUCAGGCUAUCGCAUUUCAGAGGGAAGCGCUGGCCUUGCGGCCGGUGGAUCAUCUAGAUCGGUUCAUGUCGUUAAAUAACCUCGCAACCCAACUUUCCACCCGUUUUCAGCACCGAGGCAAUGACAAAGACUUGGAUCAAUCCAUCGCAAUUCAGAGGGAAGCGCUGACUUUGCAGCUGGUCGGUCACACAGAUCGGUCUGGGGCACUAAAUAACCUCGCGAAUCGAAUCUUUAACCGCUUUGAGCACCGAGGCGAUGAUGAAGACUUGGAUCAGGCUAUCGCACUUCUCAGGGAAGCGCUGGCCUUGCAGCCGGUGGGUCACCUAGAUCGUUUCUUGUCGUUAAAUAACCUCGCAACUCAACUUUCCACCCGCUUUGACCACCGAGGCAAUGACAACGACUUGGAUCAAUCUAUCGCACUUCAGAGGGAAGCGCUAGCCUUGCAGCCUGUCGGUCACAUAUAUCGGUCCACGUCCUUAAAUAAUCUUGCGAAUCGAAUCUCCACUCGUUUUGAUCACCGAGGCAAUGACGAGGACUUGGAUCAGUCUAUUUCACUUUACAGAGAAGCACUGGCCUUGCGCCCGGUUGGUCACACGGGUCGGCCCUCGUCAUUAAAUGACCUUGCAGUUCGACUCUCCAUCCGCUUUGACCACCGAGGCAAUGACGAAGACUUGGAUCAGGCUAUCGCACUUCACAGGGAAGCGCUGGCAUUGACCUCGGUCGGUCACACAGAUCGGCCCACGCAAUUGAAUAACCUUGCGACUCAACUCUUCAUCCGUUUUCACCAGCGAUGCAACGACAACUCGGACGGAGACCUAGAUCAGGCUGCCGCACUUUAUAGGGAAGCACUAGCCUUGCACCCGCACCGAGGCGAUGACAAAGACUUGGAUCAGGCCAUCGCACUUCAGACGGAAGUGCUGGAUUUGUGCCCGGUCGGUCACAUAGAUCGGUCCAGCUCACUAAAUAACCUUGCAAAUCAACUCUCCUUCCGCUUUAGCCACCGAGGCAAUGACGAAGACUUGGACCGGGCUAUAAUACUUCACAAGGAAGCGUUGGCUUUGCGUCCGGUCGGUCACCCAGAUCGGUUCGGGUCAUCAAAUAACCUCGCGGCUCAACUCUGCUCCCGCUUUAAGCACCGAGGUAACAGAGAAGACCUUGACGAGUCGCGAGAGACCCUACGCUGUGGCCUGACUCUGUUGACGCAACAUGACGCCCGUCUAUUGGGCUUGACAGCAUUGGCGCGGGUGAUGAUACGGACAGUUUCAAUGCUGCCAUGCAUCAUAUCAAGGCAGCAGCAAACUGUUGUCUCCGGUGGUUUGCUGUCCCGCAUGCGAGCAAGUCUACUCUGGUCUCGUCAUGCUGAUGAAGCACUGGACAUGGUAGUCGACUGGAGGCUUAUGCGACUUCCAUGCAACUUCUCGACGCUUAUAUGUCCACGACAGCUUCAGGUAUCUUCUCGUCAUAGAGCCAUGGCAGAACUUCUCACCUACACUUGCCGUGGAAUGCUGCAUCGUGUGCUCUUCGUAGCGGUGAUGUGCCUCGCGCCUGUCGAGCUGUUGGAACAAGGAAGGACUAUCAUUUGGACCCAGAUGACACGACUCCACACUCCUCUUGAUAAACUCCAGACGCGCGGCAGUCACGCAGCGGCCCUGGUGAAGAAAUUCAGAGGCCUCAGUUCUCUCCUUGAUAAACCUCCUGCGGACUAUCCAGAAGCAACUCAAAGAGUCAAUGUAGAAAGAGAAGAAACCCGGUACAGACGUCUAGUGGAGGAGUGGAAUGGAACUGUAGAAGAGAUCCGGAAGAUCGAAGGCUUCUCUCGCUUCCUCCUUCCCCCGCUAUUCUCUGAUCUUCAAGAUGCAGCUCGUGAUGGGCCUAUCGUCGUGCUCAUCGCGAGCAGGUCGUCUUGCCACGCCAUUAUCAUCCCGCACAAACGACCUCCAACCAGCAUUCAACUCCUUACCGAUUGGUGGAAACUCGCCAAAUUGAUGAUCGCACUCCGAGAGGCAGUCAAAAAAGAGGCCAGUCCUAAAGGGAACCAAUCAAGGCUGAUAAAAGCUUUGAGAGAGUUGUGGGACGACGUUGUCUGCCCAGUGGUCGAGCAUCUGGAUGUAUUUGCACGACGAGGUUCCAGAAUAUGGUGGUGCCCGACGUCUUUCUUUAAUUUCUUGCCUUUGCAUGCCGCUGGCGAAUACAGGGCAAAGGGAAAGUCCCUUUCGCAGAAGUAUAUCUCUUCAUACACGCCAUCGCUCACCGCGUUGAUCAAGGCUCGCGGAAUUCAUGAAAGGUCCCCGCCAGUACCCUUCGUUGCCAUUGGUCAGAAUCACCCAGCCGGUGCCUCAUUCACUUUGGAUGCUGUAGAGCCUGAGCUGGAGUUGGUGCGGGGACUUUUGCCCCCUCCCCCUACUGUUUCCUUCUCCAAGGUCACCAGCGUUGAUGCCACGAAAUCAAGAGCGCUAUGUGCAUUGCAGGACAAUACUUGGCUCCAUCUCGCGUGUCACGGGACACAGAAAAUGGACGAGCCCUUCAAGUCGGCCUUUCUUAUGCGCGACCAACCGCUUUCGCUCCUUGACAUCACACAAAUGAAUCUGUCUCAGCAUGAAUUUGCAUUUCUUUCUGCCUGUGAAACUGCAGUCGGUACCUUUAGUACGCCCGACGAAGUGAUACACCUAGCGGGCUGCUCUGCAAUUCGCUGGGGUUCAGAGCGUCGUUGGGACAUUAUGGAAGGUCAACGAUAA